CGCGUGGUCAUCGACCCAUUCGCCAUCGCACUCGAUCGUCGAUGGUUGGCCUGCUGCGCAAGGAGGAAGCUUCGGUCCGCGCGCUCACGGUCGCGUACGCCAAGGCCAUCGAGCACCUUGACGACGCCGGGUCCUUCUUCCAUGCAGCGGACCUGCCCGACCUGACAACGCCGGCUAUCCGCAUCGAUGGCCUCCUCGCCGGCGACUGGUGGAGCUGGCCGGCCAACGCCGAGGAUCUCAUCGAGCACCACGAAGCGCCCAACCGGUCGGGCCUCGUGGGCGCGCACCUCUUGCACUUUGACCAUACAACGUACACGGAGAGCCGUGUGUGGGGCGAACUCAUCCAUGGCCUCCCGACGGCCAUUGCAGCAGCGCUCAAGCCGGCAGGCGACAUUGAGCCGCAUCUGACGCACCUCGCGAUCGACGGCGUCGACGCUCCGCCCGUGCUCUCAAGCACUGGCGAGAUCAUCUUUGGCCCCGGCAGCAUGGGCACGCUCGUCGUCGCGCUGCCUUCGCCGCACGCACGGUCCAUCACGAUCUCCGCUGGCGCCGAGACAAUGACCUGGACGCCAAGCACUGGCUUGAGCUACGCGGCAUGGUAUGGCGACUGCACUGUUGACGUGGCGCCGAUCACCGACGGUCGGCGCGCGUACCUUGUCUACGACCUCGUGUACGUCCUGCCGCACACGUACCGGACGGCGCCAGCGGUCCCGGCGUCGCUGCCCGCGACGCUCGCAGCGCUCGCAGCCCGCCCCCACCAGGUGCCAACUACCUUUGCGUAUCGCAUCCAGUCCACGGCCAACGACGACGCAUUGGACUUUGCGCAUCUCGCGGCCCGGGAUGCAGCCUUCGUGCAGGCGCUCGUCGACAGCGGUGCCUAUGACGUGGCCCUCGUCGACGUCCGCGACCCGACGCCGCCACGGACGUUCCCAGACGCGAUGCUGACCACGAUCCGAGAUAUGCUCCUGCGCGCCCGUCCCAACAUGAACGACGACGCCCAAGAUGACGACGACGAUGAUGACGACGAUGACGACGACGAUUCGGGCAGUGACGAGUUCGAUGACGACGCCGACGACCACGAGGCUGCGACGCCGGCGCAGGUCGAUCAAAUCGCAUUCCGAGCCAUGCAAGAGCUGUACGGUCGGCAGCGACCGCCGCCGCUGCAGGACGUCGAGCUGGACACGCGCAACUUGGCCGCGCUCAUGGUCCGCGGCGCACAAGAGAUGGAAGAAGACCACGGCCACCGGUGCAACGAAGGUCGCCCGUACGGCUAUGACCCGGCCGACUUUGAUACGACGGCGACCGUCGACGAGUACGACACCGGGUCGGACGCCGGCCUCGACGACUCAGACGACGACGACUACGACUCGGACGACUCGGAGCACGAAGACGAGGCCGAUAUGCUUGGCGAUGACGACUCGUCCGACGACGACGACGAUCUUUUUGGGUUUGGCCGCCUGCUCCUGCCCCGGUCCAAGCGCCCGCUGGAAAUCUCGGGCGCCGUCGUCCACACCGCGUCCGGUGACGUCGCAGCGGCGCUGCAGACCCACCUCAUCGACCGCGUCGUCGGCACGUGGGUCGGCACACGAAGCAUCUACAACAUUGUGUCGCCGGUCCUCGUCUUUUGGCCCAAGACGCACCGGGUGCGGCUCGUUGGCUACCGACACGCCUUUGACGCUCUCCAGCGCGCAAUGACGACGCCAUCAACGUCGGAUAUGCUCGGGUUCGACACGGUGCACGCGCUCGCCGUCGCGGUCAUGGACACGGUCGGCACACCGACGCUUCCGACGCCGCCCGAGGACGCCACAGCGCUCGCUGAGUUUGUCACGUCGUCGACGCCGGCGCUACGCGCGCUCUUUGUGCGGCACAUGAUCGACCUCCGCGACGAAACCUCGCGGCGCGACGGCCGCGACUGGCUCAUCUCGGUCUUGACCACCUUUGGCUGGGAGUCGAUCGGGCCCGCGAUCGUCGAGCUCGUUGCUCGGUCGAGCGCCGACUGGAAGGGAGCGGUGCUGACGCUGCGCUUCCUCGAUACGCUGCUGCCGCCGACGGCGCCAUACGCCCACCAGCCGUACUUUGGCGAGCUCGUGAUCGGGUGCUGGUAUGCGCUGCUGACCAACCUAUGGUCGUUCGACGACAUGAGCGCAAACGAGUGGCGGCAUGCCAUCGGCGUCGACAGCCGUGUCUCGUUGCUGCGCCAUGCGUGGUCAUUGGACGCCCGCGUCGCCGCGUACCAUGCCAGUGACGCGCCGCGCGUCACGUGGCUCGGCGGCCACCUCCCGGGGCCCGUGCUGGCCACCAUCCAGUCGUUUCUCGCGCCAGCGCCGUCGUUGCUGUCGGUCGUGACCAAGUAUCCUGCUGCGUUCCACGGGCUCCACGUCAUCUUGCCGGCGCUGCUGAGUGUGGAGAAUGGGCGGCUCGAGGCGCCGUGGAUGGCGCCGUACGUGGCGCUGGUGCAUGCCGCCAUCAAGUCGGAGCGCGAGCUGCCGAUGCAGUGCCUCUCGGCCAUCUUUGCCCUCGGCGCCAAACACGGCAUCUUGUCGGCGGUCGUUCACAAGGCGUGGUCGGGGCACCAGAGUCGGACAACAAUGCCGCUGCUGCGCGCCAUUCAAGACGGUAUGGUCGUCUCGUCGGCGUCCGACGUCAGCUCGAUCGCGGACCUGGUGGCGACAACUGCGCACGCGCUCAACGAGGCCGUGUCGGACGUCAUCAUGUUUUAUGACGGCAUGGGCUACGACGACACGCCGCCGGUCAAGGAAGUGCACGCAGCGCUCUCGAUCCUCGCAGUUGUGUCGCCGUCGCAUCUGCGUCCGUUCGUCGACGAUAUUCUCACCAAGGUACAUGCAAAGUCCGACCGUCUCUUCUUCGUCCGCGACCUCCUCUACCCGACGAUCCGGUACGUGGACGCCAAGCUGCCGACGGCCACCGACCUUCGAGAGCGCUUGGUCGCUGCUGUCGUCGACGCCCUUGACCCGUUUCUGCGAGCGACGCGCCGGACCGGCCAAGCGAACUUUGCUCUGUCGUGCCGCUGCGCGCAGUGCCAGCGCGUCGCCGAUGAGCUUGCCAAGCAGGCGCCGACGCGGUCGAUCGACCAAGUGUUUCGUGCAACGUGCGACCAGCUCCGGGCGUUUGUGACCAGUUGGCGCCCACACCGACGAAUUGCUGUGUCGUUGAUGGGGGCGCGCAAUAUGCGCAUCCGCAUGUUCUCGGAAGCCGGCGCGAGUGCCCGACGCCUUCGCGACGAAGCGUGCUUGGCGUACCUCCGUGGCGGGGACAUGGCGCUGCCAGCGACGCGCAAACGACCGCCGUCGACAACGCCGUCGACCAAAGCCAAGCGGGCCAAGCCGACCGCCGACGCCACAGAGUGAAUCCCACGUUGAUGCACAUCAUCCACACUUUAUUUGCUAAACUAUAAAAGACAGUUUGUACAUUAGUUGUCGG